GUUGUCUAUAAAUAACAGUGCUUGAACGUGACAAGGACAAGGGCUGAUAUCGGUGUCAAAAUAGAGUAAUUUGAGGUCUUUCUUGCUUACCACGUACAAUAUGGGUGCUACUUACCUCGGAGAACGGCCACUGAAACUUCACUUCAUUCCCUACCCUGCACCUGGCCAUAUGAUCCCUCUCUGCGACAUAUCCACACUCUUCGCCUCAAGCGGCCACGAAGUUACCAUCAUCACCACUCCCUCCAACGCCCAAAUCCUUCACAAAUCCAUCCCUCCCCACCGCCGCCUCCACCUUCACACCGUUCCCUUCCCUUCCAAUGAAGUGGGCCUCCCGGAGGGCAUUGAAAACCUCUCCGCAGUCUCCGACCUAGUAAACGCUGCCAAGGUCCACCAAGCCACCGCCCUCCUCCGCUGCCCCAUCGAGCAAUUCGUGGAGCACCACCUACCCGAUUGCAUCAUCGCUGACUUUCUGUUCCCAUGGGUGGAUGACGUGGCCAACAAGCUUAACAUCCCCAGACUGGCCUUCAACGGUUUCUCUCUCUUUGCCGUCUGCGCCAUUGACAAGUUACAGUCUAACAAUACUAACUCUGAGGAAUAUUCCUCUUUCAUUCCGAAUCUUCCGCAUCCUAUCACGUUAAACGCAACACCACCGAAGAUAUUGACCGAGUUCAUGAAGCCACUGCUGGAAACAGAGCUCAAAAGCUACGGCUUAAUCGUCAACGACUUUGCGGAACUCGGAGGAGAAGAGUACAUCGAGCACUAUGAGCAAACCACGGGUCACAAGGCGUGGCAUAUUGGGCCAGCGUCUCUUAUGUGCAAAAGAAGCCUUGAAGAGAAAGCGGAGAGGGGACAGAAGAGUGUGGUGGGAGCGGACGAGUGCAUGAGAUGGCUCAACGGGAAGAGAGUGAAAUCGGUGGUGUACAUAUGCUUUGGGAGCAUGUGUCAUUUCCAGGAUAAACAACUAUACGAGAUUGCAAGCGGGAUGGAAGCAUCAGGGCAUGACUUCAUAUGGGUGGUUCCAGAGAAGAAAGGGAAAAAGGAGGAGAAAUGGCUACCGAAGGGGUUUGAAGAGAGAAAUGCAGAGAAGGGGAUGAUUAUAAAGGGGUGGGCACCGCAGGUGGUUAUACUGGGGCACCCGGCAAUUGGGGCGUUCCUGACGCACUGCGGGUGGAACUCGACGGUGGAGGCAGUUAGCGCUGGAGUUCCAAUGAUCACGUGGCCGGUGCAUGACGAACAGUUCUACAACGAGAAGCUGAUAACUGAGGUGAGUGGGAUUGGGGUGGAGGUGGGGGCCAAGGAAUGGAGCAUCCUUGGCUUUGGGGAGAGGAAACACUUAGUGCCAAGAAAUUCCAUAGAGAAGGCUGUCCGGAGGUUGAUGGACGGUGGUGAUGAAGCUCUCGCAAUCAGACGUCGUACCAAUCACUAUUCGAUCAUGGCUGCACGUGCUGUUCAAGAAGGUGGAUCAUCUCACACCAACUUCAAAGCCCUCAUUCAUCAUCUCAAGCUAUUCAGGGACCGUAAGUCGCUUCAUCAAUAGCAUCACCACAUUUUCAUUUCAAUAAAUAUCAGAUCAAACCCAUUAUGUAAUGUAAAAAUAUAUAUUUUACUACAAAAUGAAACCCAUGCGAAUACUAUAGUAACGCCUUAUUGGGUGAUGAUUUUCAUAAUAGAUUGCACGAUAUAAUCAUUGUUA